AUGGCACCAUCUACUUACUCAUCGACUCAAACAACACAAAUGACCUCUGCAUCAUCGCCAUGUGCUCCUGGAUUUCUUACCAUAACUUUCGAUGAUAUUAUCAAUGCAUCGUCAGUGCAAGGUGCUGUUCCUACCACAUAUCGAUGUUUCAAUUGGGUUAAUGGUUGGUAUGCGAAUGUUUCCGGUUUCGCCGUGACGAAUGGCUUUCGGAGAGCAUUAGUCAGUGGUGCUUACAUUGUCCUAAAUCGAAAUGGAACGUCCAUGAAUAUAACGAGAACUAAUUCCUCGUUUCAUGUUCAUUCAUUCGUAGCAAGUGCAGCUUACCAAGAUCCUUUGCAUUUAUUGUUAAAAGGUAUACAAGGUAGCAGUACAUUAGCAUAUCAACAAGAUCUGCUUGUUAAUACAAGUUAUGCACGAACGAUAACGCUCAAUUGGUAUAAUUUGACGACAUUGAAUUAUCAAACCUAUUCGUAUAACAAUGCGUCGGGAACGAAUUCCACUGGAUUAGGUCAACAGUUUUCAAUGGAUAACUUAAAUGUCACAUUAACUUAA